AUGGACGUAAACGGCGACACAGCGUCUUUGAAACGGAAGCGCGAACCGAAGGACGAUCCGAAACUGUCCCAAAAAAAGCACCGUCGGAAAUCGAAACUCCAAGAGAAUGCGACUGGGGAAGGUACUACGGAUAAUGCGGCGUUACAAAACACCAACGGCGAUCUUGAGCUUCUAGACACAACAUCACGAGCCCUAACGAGGCCUGAAAAGGAAAAGUUGGCAUCAUGGAAGUUGUCUAAGCCAAUGGGUGGGAGGAUGCUGGAUAUCGAUCCUGUCUUCUCUCCUGAUGAACGACACCUCAUAAUCACCUACAACACUUCUAUUCAGGUGUACUCGACUGAGGACUCUUUGCUUGUCCGCAGGAUCGCCCUCCCCCUGACAAAAACGGACGACGACAACGAGCUCGUGUCAGCGCAUAUCGUGUCCUCGGUAUUAUCAAAGUGCGACACGGACUACAUUUGGGUCGCAUGCUCUGAUGGACGUAUUUGGCACAUCAAUUGGACAUCUGGCCUGGGCGUCGAUACUCCCUUCAAGACCGAGGCCAAGAAGCUGCUGGACGUAACGGUGGACGCGGUGGAAGUGGGCGGGAAGUCGGAGGAUAUCUUACUGGUUUUGAAGAGGCUCACUUGGAGCUCUGCGCAAAUAGUUGCCUACAACACCAAGGCGCUAUCGACGGGGGCAGGCAAGCUUCUCCACACCUACGACGAGAGCCCGCAAUUACUGCGGUUUGUCGCCGGUGGUAGAUUGAUUGUCGCGGCAGCAAAAGAGACUUUGCACCUUGGGCUGCUAAAGGCGAAAAAGGUGGCGUCUUUGGAUGAUCUGACAUACCGCUUCCACUGCUUCGAUGUCCCGGAUCUUGUUAGCUGCUUGGACGUCCGACACACGACCCGGGCUACCAAGAAAGGAGGGGUUGAGCUCCAAUACGUCGACGUUGCGGUUGGGUGCGCUCGGGGUGGCAUCUAUGUUUAUCAUGAUUUGCUGUCCAAGUUGCCAGGGGAGGGAUCCGGGUCCUCCAAGGCAGGUGUGAUUCAACCAAAGAAGUACCACUGGCAUCGCCGGGCGGUACAUAGCGUCAAGUGGUCCCAAGAUGGCAACUACCUCAUUUCCGGUGGCUGCGAGACCGUUCUCGUUCUCUGGCAAGUCGAUACGGGCAGGCUUGAUUUUCUGCCACACCUUUCCGCAACUAUCGAAAACAUCGUCGUCUCACCCCGAGGGUCAUCAUAUGCGGUUCAUCUCGAUGACAACUCAACCAUGAUACUAUCCACUGCCGAAAUGAAACCGACGAUGUACGUCUCGGGGAUUCAGUCACUCGUUCUGGGCGAUCGUCAACCCAAAGAGUCCCUGGUCCGCCGCGUCUGGCGCCCUGUCGAAGAAAUAGCGGCUCCGUUGGUUGCCGCCGUCAAUCCCCAAAUACCGUCGCAAUUGUUUCUCUGUGUCGGCAACGGGCAACAAGCGACUCUAGGAGGGGGCUCGUCUACACCACUUCUCCAGGUGUUCGAUUUAUCCUCAUUUCACGGCAUCACCAAGCAUGCCAUUGCCCGGACUAAUCCGACGGACGCGAAUAUCACCAACGAGGGCGUUCCCGUCGUAGAACCGACCGCUACCAAACUUGCCUUCUCUCGAGAUGGCAAGUGGCUUGCCUCAGUCGACGAAUGGCAACCGCCCGAACGAGACACAGACGUUUUUCUGACCGGCUCCAAAACCCCCGCGGAGGCAUCCCGAGAGAGGCGCGAGAUCCAUCUUAAGUUCUGGGAGGCCGGGGCAAAAGAUCAAUCUUUCCAACUCGUAACUCGCAUCAACGACGCUCACCAUACGGAUCGAACCCAACCAAUAUUUGACCUCGCCAGUGACCCGACUUCAUCCCAGUUCGCUACGAUCGGUAAUGAUGGGGUGGUACGGUUUUGGACUUCGAAGAUGCGCAAGAGAGAUGGACUCGCAGCUACCGGUCCCGACGGCGAGCCAUUGCGGAGCUGGUCUUGUUCUCGGACCGUUCCGCUUCCCAUUUAUGAACAACAGGAUGACUCCGUCGAGACCCCCAAGAAUGUGCCAUGCAGCGGCGCCAUUGCAUUCUCGGAGGACGGGUCCAUCCUUUUCGCCGCCUUCGGCCCCCCCUCUGGCGCAGUGGUGGUGGCCAUUGAUACCGAGACUGGUGCUUUCCGGGACGUUGUGUCUGGCAUGUUCAGGGGCGAGAUUCGCGCCAUGGAGUCUAUGGGAUCCACCUUGAUUAUGCUAUCCGAGGAACUUGUUGUCUACGACAUCGUGUCGGAUGAGCUGCUUUAUAGCUACUCUCUGAAGGAGACGUCGGAGGCCGCAAAGCGACUUAGCCAGCUCGCAGUCAACUACGAGUCGAGGAGUGUUGCCCUUGUUGCGCCUGUCCCACAUCAAAAUCAGGACAAGAUGAAGAGGGGCGCGAGGUCAGAGCUUGUUGUCUUGGCCAUCGAAGGAGACGAACCCCAGCUGAUUCAGACAUUUCCGCACUUGAUCACAUCAGUGAUCGCUGCCCCGUCUUCCUCCGGGUUCAUCGUGGUCGAUUCGGCAGCCCAGAUCUGGUCCGUGGCUGAAGGCCCCGAGCAAGCACCCCUGCUCCAGCCCUUGGCAGAUUUAGGAGUCGAUGGUGACGCCACUACCACCGGAGACGCGACCUCUGGCGAACUCGAGCUUCAUGAGGGUGAGGCCAGCGAUGAAGAAAUGGAGGAUGUCGACCAGGAUGUGGAGAUGGAAGAUGAAGACGACACCCACGCUGCUGUUGUGGCGCCACAGCGACUCGCCAAGAUAUUCAAUGCUGCCCCGGCAUUCGCCAUGCCGCCAAUCGAAGACAUCUUCUACCAGGUGGCCGGGUUGUUCUCUACCAAGCCGGUUAACGCUUAG